UUUAUUCAUUUUCGAAGAGCAUUUCCGGUGAAAUUGUUUUCAUUCGCAACAAAUUUACCCAAGUUUUUAGUCAAAAUCGAUUGUUUACCAAAUGAAUAGCAGAUGUAAAUAAGGAUCAAGAACCCCGUUUGAAGAGAAGAUAAUAAAACAUUUGCAAUGAUGUCAAGCGAAGACAAAGAUCAAAUGGAAAAUGACUCAAUUGGUACGAUGGGAAAUGAUAAAUGGCUGGAUGCCUAUAAGGACCCUGUGGCCUCUCUCUACACAUUGACCCAGUGUAUCUGUCUGUCUGAUGUCCAAGCCGACGGUGACUGGAAACUUAUCAUAGCUGACCUAGGGACAGGAACAUACAACAUGAAGCUCAAAGUCUAUAAAGGGACGAAUUUAAUGAGUGAACACACGAUAAUUGACCUACCUACAGGGGUUGUGACAUUUUACAUGGACACCCAUGAACCCCGGACACCAGCCAUAGCUGUAGCCUCAGGUCCGUACAUUUACGUAUACAAGAAUUUGAGGCCGUAUUUCAAGUUCACCCUGCCAACACUGGAGGUUAACCCUGUAGAGGCCGAUCUCUGGAAUCAGGUCAAAGAGGAAAAGAUUAAUAUAUUUGUGUUGCGGGAAAUGCUAGAGGGAAUGAGGGCUGAAGGCAUUGUGUUAACCGUGAGGUCACUGAGAUUUCACACACUACAGGAAGAGAGAUUGGAAACUUUUGCCAACAUGUACAAACACACACCACUAAAGAGACAGGGUAAGAAGUUGUGGACAGUAAAGUUACCGGGGAGUAUGACGACUAUGGAGGUGAUAGAUUACAAGAGUAAGGGCUUUAAGGCGGUGAUAGUGGCCCUCAAUAAUUGUCAGGUCCAUAUCUACAAGGAAAAGUACCUCGUCAACGUCAUCAAGACGGACGAUGUCGUCACCGGGCUCAAGUUCGGACAGUUUGGCCGAGAGGAGGGAACUCUCAUAAUGACCCUGAAAGGUGGUGGGUUGAUGAUUAAGAUUCUGAAGAGGAAUGCCACGUUUGAGGAGAAGGAUCUGUCUGGGGGUCCCCCCGCCGCUCAAAAUUCUCGUCUCAACGUCCCGAAGAAAACCAAGCUGUUUGUGGACCAGACGAUGAGGGAGAGAGAGAGUGCAGUCACGAUGCACAGGACGUUCCAGAGGGAUUUGUAUCUACUGAGGUUGAACACACUGAGGGAGUAUGCCAAAUCCCUAGACAACAGCAUGAAUCCCAUCUCAUCUGAUCCCACCGAGCCUCUCAAACUCAAUGCUCAGGUCCAAGGAAUCGGUCCUACCUUCAAACUAACAGUCAAUCUACAGAACACGUCACUCAGUCAGCCCUCCACCAGUCUACUGAUUACAUUCUUAUAUGACGAGAAACUGUACUCCUUCAAAAAAUCCUUCAUUGAGGUGCCUAUGCUGGUUCCCGGCCUGAACUAUGCCUUUGAGACGUUUGUUGAAUGUUUGAGUGACAAAGGGGUCUCAGACAAUAUCAAGGUAUUUGUCUUGAAGGACGGGAAGAGUGUUCCCAUCAUUACAGGCGUCAUCAGCAUGCCCGUCAGCGAGGGAUUGGUGGUGGUGUGAGGUCAACAGAGGUCAACUAAGGUCAUACACCUACACCCACGCCAAACUAAUUUUUCUCUUUAGGUGUGAAUUUCAGACAGUGAAGAAACAUUUUGUGAAUUGUAAAAUUGAACUUUUAUUAAAUGAUGGAAAUAUUAAUGAACAUUGAAAUGAACUGUUUAUGUGCAAUGAUAAAAUAUUGAGAUACUGAAUUUGUAAUAUUUAUUGUUUUAAGGCCGAAUGUAAACUUACCUUAUUGAUUUGAGUGACAACAAAU